AUGAAGAACAGAUGGCGUCACCUGGAGCUUGAGCAGCAGCACGCGGAUAUCAAAGACAAUGGCCAAGAACAAAUUAAGGGACAGAAGUCCAGGAAUGUAUUUCACAUAGCCAGUCAAAAGAACCUGAAGUCCAAAAACAAAGCAAAACCAGUCACCACUAAUCUUAAAAUGAUAAACAUUCAGCAUCAUGAAGAUGAACCAGUUAAUGUUGAUGAAGCUGCAAGAUUAAUGGCUCAAUUGUAGUACAAUGGAGAUGUAUCAAA